AUGGAGUUCCUGCAUUCGGCAAUUCUUUUGUUGGUGGCCUUAUUUGUUCCGCUCGUGAGGGUUGCAGCGGCGCUGGUGGAAGGGCAUAACAAAACGACUGGGUCGCAUUCGCGAGAAAAAGAGUGGGCAGGAUGGCCAAACAAGCUACCAGGGCAGGAGCCUUCGCAGCUUGGUUUUGAGCCAUCAAGGAUAGCGGCCUUAGGUUCCGAGUCAAGGAAGGGCGACUUAUCAGAGGCCUCUACGCAGCCACCCAAUAAUCCCGUGCCGCCUCCUCUCGUUGAUUCCUCGCCGAUCCAGGGGAACUCAGGCCCCCGCGAGACGCCCUCUGAAAGCAUCUCAAUAGAUCAAGCAGGAGAUGGUGGCAUCUGUUUGAAUGGACUAAGGCUUGCCUUUGACUGCGCAUUAAGAAGGGUCAUAGCUUUUGGCGUGCGAGACCACUUGAUUGAGAAGUACAAGCUGCCGAUGGUGCCGCUGGACAUCUGUCAGGGAGACACCUUGAUUGAUGUGGAGCAGUGCAUUCCUGGCGAUUUCGUAGACUCAUUCCCGUCCGAUGCUUUGCUCGAGGUGGUUCGAACAAAGCAGCUCAUAGUGGGAACCAUGGAUCUGAGUGCAUUCCCACAACUGGCAUCGGACCAAGGCUACACAACCGGUUUCUACCCAGAGCUUCUCCAGGCUGUGGCGCGGGAGCUUACGGUGAUUGUGCUGCAGAAUCCUGGGUUGCGUCACGAGCUUGUAGGUGAUCGUCAACUGGAUAUCGACAUCCUUGACCAGCCGUUCCACAAGCGCCUCCACGAUAUAAAGGCCGCUGUUGCGCAGGAGUGGCUGUACGGAGCCACCUGCGGGGGAGAAACAGGCGUGGCCGCAGGGGGCUUACGCCGUUUGUCAGAAGUUCACGAUGCUGGAGCGCCUGUCACGUAUCCCAAUGAUAUGAUGCUCGGUCAAGGGGGUCCGGUAUGGCAUGAUGGCGUACUGUGCGGAGAUGCAUCUGCCGGGGCUUCCACAUGCGAGUUGUAUGGCUGCUUAUCGCCAUGGAAACAGAUUCCGAAGGACAUUUUUAUUGGAAUCACGCAUGUUACAUUCAGCACCCCAAUGAACUUGGUUGCGGCGGUUUAUCGCGGAGAAGUCCAUAUGACGGACGUUGGUACCAUUGCAUCAGCCUAUCUUCCGGAAAAAUACAAUUUUCUGCCGUUGCGAGAGAUAUUGGAGCCGUCUUGUACUAUUGGCGCAUGGAAGAGCUUUUUUCUAUUGCGGGAAAUGUCUUCGGGCCGGCGUAAGCGCGAACGCAAGACUUCAAGUCGGUUGUCAACAUCUCUUGACAACAACGCUGCGAAUCUCUCGUCAGCCCCCGGGUUGCCCGGAAGCCGUUCAGGCGGCGGAGAUAAUAACAGGGGCCUUCCCGCGGAGGGCGUCUCUCGGCCAUUGGCAGGAAAAGACCUCCCACAAGAACGAACACACGCUGCCGCUUACGAGCUAGGGAAGCUGGAGCAGUUGGAGAGCUGGGAAACGCGCAUGAGCCAGACACGAAAGCUCUUCUUCAAGCUGUAUGGCGUCCAAGAGGAAGCCGAGUCGGCAGCAGGCGGUCAGAGCCAGCAGCCAACAGCAUCACAGUCUGCAGGUGGGAGUAACGGUCAUGGUUCCGGCCGCAGCUCAGAUGCUGAAGCGCCCUACGAAGAGAAAACGCUCGUGAAACUCCAUCAUGUUGACCAUUUCACGUUUUCUUACUUGUUUCCUGAGGAUUUCAGGAUCUGCAGCGUGAGAAGGCUAACAGACUUAUCUUCAGUACUGAGUGUCGGUGAGCCAAUAGGCGCAUUUGGCUAUGGAUUGGCAGGACGAGGCGGACGGCGGCGAAUACCGUCGAACUCAGCAUGGCGUUGCCCUCCACAGCAAAGGCGUGGCCAGCGCAUUCUCGGGUUUGGAAUGCGAAGAGCAGAAAUGGCGCCUAUAGUGGAUUCAAUUACGCGGCGGAGGUUGUGCGGCUUGCACUCGACGCCUUGGCGUGCCGUCCGGGACGGCGACAGGCAGUCAAACAUCAUGGAAUUCCCCGGACCACUUGUGCCGCUAGCGGCAUUCUUUAUGAAGCGCAGGGAUGGAGCCUGCAAAGUAUUUCAUUCGCGGGCGGAGGCAACGAUGAUGGAGAAGCAGGCGCCAAUGAGCUCUGCGGCAAAGUCAUCGUUUGUGUUUCACCGUGCAGCUCUGGUUGUCUCGCUUGUCAUGAUUCUGCUUCAACUUUCGUGA